AUGGAGGGUGGAGACAAUAAUAACAAUGUCUCACCUACUAGUACACCACCAUUGGUCAUCAAUGAAUCACUAGUCGAGGAAACCUGUAAAUAUCUAUGUAAAAUAGUACCUCCAUUGGUAGAUGGCGAUGUCAGUGUAUUCCAAUCGCAACUCAACAACCAAGAGUCAAUGACCAAGUUGAGAAAGUUCAUUUCCGACUCAAAGUUGCCUGUAUUUCUCAUUCAAAAACAUAUUCAAGAUUCUGAUGAUACUGCUGCUGUUGCUGCUCAACAAAAAGAAACAUAUACAUUCGAUGUUGAAGUUAGAUUCGGUGGUGAGAAAACAACAAGUUUGGUAAUCAUCAAGAGAGUUCCAGAGUCGAAUAUGGAGAGUAGCAAGUCGAUUUCAUCACAACUCCAAAUCAUCAAUCUUGGUGAGGGUUCACCAUUCGACACUCUUCACAACUACAUUCACAACUCUGUUGCUCCAUUCAUCCGUUCCUUCACUGCCAAGUCAUCCAAACAAGCCGAAAAAGAUGCCAAGUCAGGUAUUGGUGCUGUAAAUCAAAAGAUUGCAGAGUUGGAGUUAUCUUUGUAUAACUGUAAACAACAAGUUCAGAUUCCAGAGGUUGUACUUCAGAUACAUCCGGAUAUCCGUUCGGUCGCACAAAAGUGUCAUGCUGCAGGUCGUACUAUCAAGGUGGAGGAUCUUGGCGAUUUGGAAUCGUCGCUGCAAAACAUCAACGAGCAGUUGAAGACACCGGAGGCCGAGGUUACUCUUGCCACGUUGAAGCAAGCCAAGCGUUUCCUUGCCACCGCAAGUUUCGACACCGACACCAUCGGACUGAAAAAGUCGAUGGAGCGCGUCAACAACUACAAGACGCUCACCAAAGAUUUCCCAGUGACACCGCUACUCACUGCCAACGAUGUCGAGUCGGUUUCACAGGCAAUCAUGCACAUCUUUUCGCACUUGAAGAAAUCAAAGAACUCCUACUACCCAAUCGAGCGUUACUUGCUGCUGUUGGAGGCGGUCGGAAAGGACAUGUGCAACAAGGUGUUGCAGAUCUUGAAACAACGUCAGUUGAUGUUGAUCGAUUACAACGAGUUUGAGAAAGCAACCUCUUCGUUCCGUGCGCUCUUUACACUGUGGGACGACCAGUUUGCUCAGUUCCGUGAGAACCUGCGUGAUAUCGCGAGAAAGCGUGGAUCCGAUCGUGUACCACUGUUGGUCAACGUCGACAAUCGUCGUCUUCAAGACCGUGUUCUCAAGAUUCGUAAGUUCCGUCGUCAACACGAUGAGUUGAAGAGUGUCAUCUCGACGGUGUUGCCACAACAACAAAGCAGUUCGAGCGCAACCGCAGCUGCUGCCGGCAAGUCUGGCGAGAUCAACGCCAUCAAGGAGAUCAACGAGGCAUACGACGAAGUCAAAGAUAUCGACGUCCUCCUUCUCACCCAAGAAGGUGAAGACAUCUGGAGCAACGCACAGAAGCGUUACAACAGCCGUAUCGAUCGUGUCGAAUCCUACAUCACCACCAAAUUGCGUGACCGUCUUGCCAUUGCCAAAAAUGCCAAUGAAAUGUUCCGUGUAUUCUCUAAAUUCAAUGUUUUAUUCUUUAGACCAAGAAUUAGAUUGGCUAUUCAGGAAUAUCAAACUCAAUUGAUUCAAAGAGUGAAAGAGGAUAUUAAAGGAUUGCACGAGAAAUUCAAGAUGCAAUAUAGCAAUUCAGAAGCUUUCCAUAUGAGUAAUUUGAGAGAUUUGCCACCAGUUUCAGGUGCCAUUAUUUGGGCGCGUCAAAUCGAGCGUCAACUCGAUACCUAUAUGCGUCGUGUCGAGGAUGUUCUCGGUGAGAGUUGGGAGUCUGAUGCCGAGGGUCAAAAACUCAAGGCCGAGUCCGACCAGUUCCGUUCCAAGUUGAACACUGACCAUAUCUUUAGCAAAUGGGUUCAAGACACCCAGUCUCGUUCGUUCGAGGUCUCUGGAAAGAUCUUGACCGUCGUCAAAAAGGGUGCCAAACUCUCGUUGGACAUCAAUUUCGAUUCGCACAUUAUCAUGUUGUUCAAGGAGGUGCGUAAUCUCCAAUGGCUUGGAUUCCGUGUGCCACUGAACAUCUCUUUCAUUUCCAGUGGUGCCAAACAAGUCUAUCCAUUCGCCGUGUCGUUGAAGGAGACUCUCCGUACUUUCACACAAACCUGUGGAAAGAUCACCUCUGAGAUUUCACCGUUGGUCGCAUCGUACAAGCGUGACGUUCAAUUGCUCGUCAACGAAGGAUUCAAAUUGAAAUGGGAAGCAUUACCGCAACUCGAUCCAUAUGUUCGUAAGCUAUCUUCAUCGGUCAACAUCUUCCGUGACAAAGUAGACGACUUGCUCGUCAAGUACUCACAAAUCUCCAAGUUGUUGGAAGCAAUCAAAUUGGCGCCAUUCAAGCAGGAAUCAUUCAUUGAGAUUAUCACUAGCAUUCAAAAGUUGGUAGACGAACUCAAUCUUGCCAACUACUCGAAUCUUUCGUUGUGGGUCGGUCAACUCGACGCGCUUGUCGAAGCCGCACUUACCGAGCGUCUUAAGGAUGCUGUCGAUUCGUGGAUCGUGUUGAUCGAAGGUGGACGUGAUGGAGAAAAGGAUGCAUCCGGUUCAGGAAAGCAAUCCGGUCGUCUUGUCUAUGCUUCACGUAACCGUUUGCCAUCGGACCAAGGAGCCGCCGCUGCCUCCCAACAAGUCGCUACCAAUCCAUCUUCCAUCAAACCGACACUCGAGUCAUCGGUACAUGAAAUUGUCAUUCGUAACCAAAUCCUCUAUUUAGAUCCACCCUUGGAGUUUGCUCGUGUCAACUGGAUCUCACAGUUACAUCGUUGGUUGAACAUUGUUUGUGACUUGCCAAGAAUCCAGGCUUCGCGUUACGACGAGAGUAUCUCACAUCGUGGCGAGAUGGAUUCACGUCUCAAAAAGACAUUCCGUGACAUGCUCACCAAGUUGCCAAAGGAGACACUGGAAACCGCUUACCAAACGAUCCAAUCGAAGCUCGACGAAGUUCAAAAGUACGUUCAGAUCUGGCUUCAAUAUCAAGCACUCUGGGAUAUGGAGUCGUCGUUUGUCUACUCGAAGCUCGGCGACGACUUGAACCGUUGGCAACAACUACUCUCACAAAUCAAAAAGUCACGUUCCACCUUUGACAAUUCAUCGACUCAGAAGGAGUUUGGUCCACUUGUCAUCGACUACGGACAAGUCCAGGCAAGUGUCAACAAUAAGUAUGACUUCUGGCACAAGGAUAUUCUUUCGCAUUUCGGAUCGAAACUCGCCGAGAAGAUGCGUGCAUUCUACUCGACUAUCGCCGACGCCCGUCAAGAGCUUGAAAAGCUGUCAGCCGAGACAACCUCCACCGAGGAAGCGGUCGCUUUCAUCAUCCAGAUCCAAGACAUGAAGAAACGACUGCUCGGCUGGGAAGCCGACCUCAAGUACUAUCGUACCGGUCAGGACUUGCUCCAUCGUCAACGUUUCCAAUUCCCCAACGACUGGCUCGAGUGCGACAUGGUUGAGUCCGAGUGGAACGCAUUCAACGACAUUCUCAACCGUAAGAACUCCUCGAUGUCCGAAGCAAUUCCACAGCUUCAGGCAAAGAUUCUCGCGGAAUCCAACUCCAUCAACGAUCGUAUCAAAGAGUUUGUUGACAACUGGACAAACUCCAAACCACUGCAAGGUUCCAUCAAGCAUUCCGCCGCGCUUGAAACCAUCAAGAUCUUUGAGGGUCGAUUGGUUCGUUUGCGUGAGGAGAACGAGCGUCUGAGAAAAGCAAAAGCAGCACUCGAUCUCGACAGUCAAGGACCGUCCGGUGGCGAAGACGACCGUCUUUCACCGGUCGAAGAGGAGAUGCAAGAUCUCAAGGCAGUUUGGACUGAGCUUGCCGCCACCUGGCACGAGAUUGACAAUCUCCGUGAGACUGCAUGGUCUGCCGUCGUUCCACGUAAAGUUCGUAAGUCACUGGAAGACACACUCCAGAAACUCAAGAAUCUCCCCAAUCGUAUCCGUCAGUACUCUGCUUUCGACCACGCUCAAAACACUAUGAAAGCACUGCUAAAGGCAAACGCUAUCAUCACCGAUCUCCACUCGGAGGCUAUCAAGGAGCGUCACUGGAAGAUGCUAAAGAAGCGUUUGAACACCAAUUGGAUCUUGACCGAGUUGACUCUUGGACAUAUCUGGGAUUCCGAUCUCGUGAGAAACGAAGGUAUCUAUCGUGAGGUUAUCACUGCCGCUCAGGGUGAAAUCGCGCUCGAGGAAUUCCUCAAGUCGGUGCGUGAGUAUUGGACUGCAUUGGAGUUGGAUCUCGUCAAUUACCAACGCAAGUGCAAGUUGAUUCGUGGUUGGGACGACUUGUUCUCCAAGUUGGCCGAGCACUUGAACUCUAUCUCCGCUAUGAAGAUGUCGCCUUUCUACAAGGUGUUCGAAGAGGAAGCAUCGAGUUGGGACGACAAGCUCAAUCGUGUGCGUUCGUUGCUCGAUGUCUGGAUCGACGUCCAGCGUCGUUGGGUCUACCUCGAGGGUAUCUUCUCGGGCAGCGGUGACAUCAAUCAGUUGUUGCCAGCCGAGAGUUCACGUUUCAAAUCGAUCAACUCUGAGUUUAUCAAUUUGAUGAAGAAGGUCAGUCAGGCGCCACUCGUCCUCGAAGUGUUGAACAUCGAGCGUAUCCAAUUCACCAUGGAAAGAUUGGCCGACUUGCUCUCCAAGAUUCAAAAGGCUUUGGGAGAGUAUUUGGAGAGACAGAGAGCGGCUUUCGCUCGUUUCUACUUUGUUGGUGACGAAGAUCUUCUCGAGAUUAUCGGUAACAGCAAGGAUAUCGUCAAGAUCCAGAAACACUUUAGAAAGAUGUUUGCCGGUCUUGCCAAUUUGAUUUUGGACGACGAGAAGACAACCAUUCUCGGUAUGUCCUCGGGUGAGGGUGAGGUUGUCAUGUUCAAGAAACCAAUCUCCAUCGCCAACGGACCAAAGAUUCACGAAUGGCUCACAUCGGUAGAGACAGAGAUGCGUACUACCCUCGCUCAUCUACUCGACGAAUCACUCAAACACUAUCAAACUAUCACACCAACUGAGAUGGCACCAUUCAAUGCCUGGGUCAACCAGUAUCCAACGCAAUUGGUCAUUCUCACCUCACAGAUUGUCUGGUCGCAGACUGUCGAUCGUCUACUCCAAGAGGGUGGCGCUACCAACGGACAACUCGACCAACUCGAAAAACAAAUUCAAACCAUUCUCGGAAACAUGGCUGAUGCCGUGCUCGAAGACCUACCAAUUCAAAUCCGUAAGAAAUACGAACAUCUCAUUACUGAGCUCGUUCACCAACGUGAUGUGGUGCGUCAACUCGUCAAAAAUCGUAUUGCCAGCAACAAAGAUUUCGACUGGCUCUACAACAUGCGUUUCUACUACGACAACACUCAGGAGAACAUUCUCCAGAAACUAAACAUCCACAUGGCCAACGCCGUAUUCUUCUACGGUUACGAAUAUCUCGGAAUUGGAGAGCGUCUCGUCCAGACUCCACUCACCGAUCGUUGCUAUCUCACCUUGACACAGGCGUUGGAGUCACGUAUGGGUGGUAAUCCAUUCGGUCCAGCCGGUACCGGUAAGACCGAGACCGUAAAAGCACUCGGUAACCAACUCGGUCGUUUCGUCUUGGUUUUCUGUUGUGACGAAGGUUUCGACUUCCAAGCGAUGUCGCGUAUCUUUGUUGGUCUGUGCCAGUGCGGUGCAUGGGGAUGUUUCGAUGAAUUCAAUCGUCUCGAAGAACGUAUUCUCUCUGCCGUAUCGCAGCAAAUCCAAACCAUCCAGGUCGCCCUCAAAGAGAAGGCCAAGGAGGUAGAGUUGAUUGGAAAGACCGUCAAGAUUCAUCCAGACAUGGGUAUCUUUGUGACUAUGAAUCCAGGUUAUGCAGGUCGUUCCAAUCUACCGGACAAUUUGAAACAACUGUUCCGUAGCAUGGCUAUGAUCCGUCCCGAUCGUGAGAUGAUCGCACAGGUCAUGCUUUACUCACAGGGUUUCAAGACUGCCGAAGUUCUCGCCGGUAAGAUCGUUCCACUCUUCAAGCUCUGCCAAGAGCAAUUGUCUGCACAAUCUCACUACGACUUUGGUUUGCGUGCAUUGAAAUCCGUGUUGGUCAGUGCCGGUGGUUUGAAGCGUAAGAUGUUACCACCCACUCGUACACCAGAGAUUGCCGACUUUGACACUGUCUACAGUAAAUACGAAAUCGGUGUACUCCUUUCCAGUAUCACUGAUACUAUGAUUCCAAAGUUGGUUGCUGACGAUAUUCCUUUGAUCCAGUCGCUCUUGCUCGAUGUGUUCCCAGGUUGUGAGAUUGCUCCGAUCAACGUCGCUGGACUGCGUGAACAAAUCAAGAAAUCAUGUCAAACUCGUCACUUGGUCGACCGUGCUGAAUGGGUCGAGAAGAUUCUGCAACUCCACCAGAUCCAGAAUAUCAAUCACGGUUUGAUGAUGGUCGGUCCUAGCGGUAGUGGAAAGACAGCCGCUUGGAAUGUCUACCUCGAGGCGAUCGAAGCGAUCGACAAGGUCAAGUCGGAAGCACACGUCCUCGAUCCAAAGGCUAUCACCAAAGACCAGUUGUUUGGUUCGCUUGACAGCACCACCCGUGAGUGGACCGACGGUCUUUUCACUGCCACUCUGCGUCGUAUCAUUGAUAAUGUUCGUGGUGAGAGCAGCAAGCGUCAUUGGAUCAUCUUUGACGGUGACGUCGAUCCCGAGUGGGUUGAGAAUCUCAACUCGUUGCUCGACGACAACAAGCUGUUCACAUUGCCCAACGGUGAACGUCUUGCACUUCCAAACAAUGUGAGAAUCGUCUUUGAAGUACAAGAUCUCAAGUACGCCACUCUUGCUACCAUUUCGCGUUGUGGUAUGGUUUGGUUCAGUGAGGAGACACUCACCACCCAGAUGAUCUUUGAAAACUAUCUCAGGACAUUGGAUCACGAACCGUUCGAUGAAGCUGAACGUGAACAACAAUGUCGUAAUGAACAAACACAACAACAACAACAAGGUGGAUCCAGUAGUGGUAGUGCACCAAUUAUCACUCCAGGACUACGCGUCCAAAAGGAGUGUGUCGCCAUCAUCAGCCAAUACUUUGAGCCUGGCGCUCUUGUCCACAAGGUGUUGGAAGACGCCGGACAACGUCCACAUAUCAUGGAUUUCACCCGUCUCCGUGUACUAAAUUCGUUCUUCUCCAUCAUGAAUCGUUCCAUUCAAAACGUUGUCGAGUACAACUCACUCCACUCUGACUUCCCAAUGUCGCCAGAGAACGUAAGCAACUAUAUCACCAACCGUUUGCUCUACUCGCUGAUGUGGGGUCUGGGAGGUUCCAUGGGAUUGGCCGAACGUGAGAACUUCAGUAAGUUCAUUCAAACGAUUGCAAUCACACCGGUGCCAGCCAACACCAUUCCACUGUUGGACUAUGCCGUCAACAUCGAGGACGCUCAGUGGUCGCUCUGGAAGAACAAAGUUCCAUCGGUCGAAGUGGAAACUCACAAGGUUGCUUCACCAGACGUUGUCAUUCCAACUGUUGAUACCACUCGUCAUGUCGACGUGCUACACGCCUGGUUGUCUGAGCAUCGUCCACUCUUGUUGUGCGGUCCCCCAGGUUCCGGUAAGACCAUGACUCUCACCAGCACUCUCCGUGCCUUCCCCGACUUUGAAGUCAUCUCACUCAAUUUCUCGUCGGCCACCACACCAGAGUUGAUCCUCAAGACAUUCGAUCAUCACUGUGAGUACAAACGUACACCACAAGGUGACACUGUGCUCCGUCCCGUUGCCAUCGGUAAGUGGCUCGUAGUGUUCUGCGAUGAAAUCAAUCUUCCAGCCACCGAUAAAUACGGUACUCAACGUGUAAUCACAUUCAUCCGUCAACUCGUUGAGAAGGGUGGAUUCUGGCGUACCUCUGACCACACCUGGAUCCGUCUCGAGAAGAUCCAAUUCGUCGGAGCAUGCAAUCCUCCAACCGAUGCCGGUCGUGUUCCACUUUCUCACCGUUUCUUGCGUCACGCUCCAAUUCUCCUUGUCGAUUUCCCCUCGGCGUCGUCACUCACUCAGAUCUACGGUACCUUCAACAGAUCACUCAUUAAGCUACUGCCAAAUCUUCGUUCCUAUGCCGACGCACUCACCGACGCCAUGGUGGAGUUCUACUCGGCAUCGCAGAAGCGUUUCACUCCCGAUAUGCACGCACACUAUAUUUACUCGCCUCGUGAGUUGUCGCGUUGGGUUCGUGCGUUGUUGGAAGCCAUCCAAACUAUGGAGGGUUGCACCAUUGACGGACUCGUCAGACUCUGGGCACACGAAGGUCUUCGUUUGUUCCAAGAUCGUUUGGUCGAUGUCGAAGAGCGUGACUGGACCGACAAGAUGAUUGAUGAAGUAGCACUCAAGUACUUCCCCAACAUCGGAUCGGACACUCUCAAACGUCCCAUUCUCUACUCCAACUGGUUGUCCAAAGACUACGUGCCAGUCGAGCGUGCAGAGCUUCGUGAGUACGUCAAAGCUCGUUUGAAGGUAUUCUACGAAGAGGAGCUCGAUGUUCCAUUGGUUCUCUUCAACGAAGUACUCGACCAUAUUCUUCGUAUCGAUCGUGUAUUCCGUCAGCCACAAGGACAUGCACUGUUGAUCGGUGUAUCCGGUGGAGGUAAAUCUGUACUCUCUCGUUUCGUCGCUUGGAUGAACGGUCUCUCGAUCUACACCAUCAAGGUGAACAACAACUACAAAGCCACCGACUUUGACGACGAUCUCAGAAUGUUGUUGAAGCGUGCCGGUUGCAAGGAGGAGAAGAUCUGUUUCAUUUUCGAUGAGUCCAACGUCUUGGAGUCGUCUUUCCUCGAGCGUAUGAACACUCUCUUGGCAGGAGGUGAAGUUCCAGGUCUUUUCGAAGGUGAGGAAUACACUGCUUUGAUGCACCAAUGCAAGGAGACAGCGACCCGUAACGGUUUGAUCAUGGAUACCGAGGAGGAGCUCUACAAGUACUUCACCGGACAAGUCCGUAGAAAUCUACAUGUCGUAUUCACCAUGAAUCCAGCUUCGCCAGACUUCCACAAUCGUUCGGCAACAUCGCCUGCGCUUUUCAAUCGUUGCGUGCUCGAUUGGUUCGGAGAGUGGUCGCCACAAGCACUCUUCCAAGUCGGAUCGGAGUUCACUCGUAACCUCGAUCUUGAGAAUCAAAACUACCAACCUACUCCAGAGUUUAUCGCCGAGUGUGAGCAGAAUGACAUCGGUGUGCAACUUCCACCAACUCACCGUGACGCCGUCGUUAGUUCACUCGUCUAUAUCCACCAGACUAUUGGCGAGGCAAAUGCACGUCUCCUUCGUAAACAAGGUCGUCAGAACUAUGUAACUCCACGUCACUACCUCGAUUUCAUCAACCAAGUCGUGCUGUUGAUCAACGAGAAGCGUGAACAACUCGAAGAGGAACAACUCCAUCUCAACAUCGGUCUCAAGAAGUUGAGAGAUACCGAACAACAAGUCAAGGAUCUCCAGGUGUCACUCGCUCAAAAGAAGAAUGAGCUCGAAGUCAAGAAUGAACAGGCCAACAACAAAUUGAAACAGAUGGUUGCUGACCAGCAGAUUGCAGAGAGAAAGCAAAAGGAAGCACUCGAGCUGCAAUCGCAACUCGACACUCGUAACCAAGAGAUUACCGUGCAAAAGGUCAAGGCCUAUGCCGACUUGGAAAAGGCUGAACCAGCCAUCUUGGAAGCCCAAGAGUCUGUAUCUACCAUCAAGAAGAAACAUCUCGAUGAAAUCAAAUCACUUCCAAAACCACCACAACCGGUCAAGUUGGCAAUGGAAGCCGUGUGUCUCAUGUUGACCGGUAAGAAGUUGGAGUGGGCCGAUAUCCGUAAGAAGAUUAUGGAGACAACCUUCAUCAGUUCCAUCGUCGACUAUGACACCAAGAAACAAUUGACAUCAAAGAUUCGUGAAGCCGUCAAGAAGGAGUAUUUGGAGGAUCCAAACUUCAACUAUGAAGCGGUGAAUCGUGCCUCUAAAGCUUGUGGUCCACUCGUCAAGUGGGUCACUGCUCAGGCCAUUUUCUCUGAGAUCUUGGACCGUGUCAAACCACUGCGUGAAGAGGUCGAACAACUUGAGAAUGCCGCUAACGAACUCAAGGCGAAACAAGAUGAAAUCGUCAAGACUAUCGAUGCCCUCAACCAAUCGAUCUCCACCUACAAGGACGAGUAUGCCACAUUGAUUCGUGAUACCGAAUCGAUCAAGUCUGAGAUGACCAAGGUCAAGAGCAAGGUAGAUCGUUCCAUUGCGCUGAUUGACAAUCUCUCGUCGGAGCGUAGUCGUUGGGAGUUGCAAUCGGAGAACUUCCAAACUCAGAUGGCCACUGUCGUUGGAGAUGUCGUCCUGGCAUCUGCAUUCCUCGCCUACAUUGGUUUCUUUGACCAACACUUCCGUGCCGAUCUCAUGCAAAAGUGGAUGCACCGUUUGGAGUCGGUGGGCAUCAAAUUCAAGCCCGAACUCUCGGUGCCAGAUUUCUUGGCUCGUCCAGAGGAGCGUCUCCAAUGGCACGCCAACUCUUUGCCAGCCGACGAUCUCUGCGUUGAAAAUGCUAUUAUGCUCAAGAGAUUUAACCGUUAUCCAUUGGUUAUCGAUCCAUCCGGUCAAGCCAUGGAGUUCUUGAUGAAUCAAUACGCCGACAAGAAGAUCAACAAGACAUCGUUCCUCGACGCUUCGUUCAUGAAGAACUUGGAGUCCGCUCUUCGUUUCGGUUGUCCACUACUCGUUCAAGACGUUGAGAACAUCGAUCCCGUUCUCAAUCCAGUGUUGAACAAAGAAAUCCGUAAGAAGGGAGGUCGUAUCCUCAUCCGUCUCGGUGAUCAGGACGUCGAUUUCUCGCCAUCGUUUAUGAUCUUCUUGUUCACACGUGAUCCAACCGCUCACUUUACCCCGGAUCUCUGCUCUCGUGUUACUUUUGUCAACUUUACUGUCACUCCAUCGUCAUUGCAAUCGCAGUGUCUCCACGAGACACUCAAGACCGAGCGUCCAGACACUCACAAGAAACGUUCGGAUCUCCUCAAGAUUCAAGGUGAAUUCAAGGUGCGUUUGAGAACUCUCGAGAAAUCGUUGCUCUCUGCACUCAGUCAGGCACAAGGUAACAUUCUCGACGACGAUUCCAUCAUCGGAACACUCGAGUCGCUCAAGCGUGAAGCGGCCGAGAUUGCCGUGAAGGUCGAAGAGACCGACGUCGUCAUGCAAGAGAUCUCUGCGGUCUCUGCCAUCUACAAUCCAAUGGCGCUCGCUUGCAGUCGUGUCUACUUUGCAAUGGAACAACUCUCACAGUUCCAUCUCUACCAAUUCUCGCUGCGUUUCUUCUUGGAUCUCUUCUAUGUCCUACUCAACGGCAAUCCAAAUCUCGACGGUAUCAAAGAUCCAAAUGAACGUCUCAAUAUUCUCCAACGUGACAUCUUCACCCUUGCAUUCAAUCGUGUCACACGUACUCUGCUCAAUGACGACAAGCUCACAUUCGCCGUGCAACUCGCCAAUAUUGCACUGAAGGGCAAACCCGACGAAAUCGAAGAAGCCGAAUGGGACUAUCUCUUGAAGGGUGGUGAUAAUAUCGCUAGCAUCAAGGAGACACUUCCACAGGUGAGCUCAGUCGUGGAGUCUACCAACAAACAAAAGUGGCUCAUCACUAUCAAGUCACUGCAAGCGUUUGGCUCGCGUCUCAUUGAACACAUCCAACAGAAUCCAGGCGAAUGGAAACCAUUCUUUGACAGUGCUGCCAACUCCUCCACCAUUCCAGAGUCGUGGAUUACCUCCCAACAAUCACUCUACCCCAAGAAGACAGUGAUCACCUCCAACUUUAGAAAGAUCCUAUUGAUGAAGGCAUUCCACUCUGAUCGUAUUCUACAAUCGACUCACCAAUUUGUUUCCUCGGUGUUUGGUGAGCACUUCCUCCAGGUGCAAUCGUACGACAUGGCUCAGAUUGUCGAGAAGGAAAGCAAAGCUGUUGCUCCACUCUUGCUUUGCUCCGUUCCAGGUUACGAUGCAUCGUCGAUCGUCGACGACUUAGCAGUCGAGUUGAGAAAGCCAUACAAAGCAUUGGCCAUCGGUUCGCCAGAGGGUUUCGAACUCGCUGAAAAGUCGAUUUUCGCUGCCACCAAGAAUGGUUCGUGGGUUCUCCUCAAGAAUAUCCAUCUUGCUCCACAAUGGCUUGUCCAACUCGAGAAGAAACUCCACAGUUUGACACCGCAUCCAAACUUCCGUUUGUUCAUGACAUCGGAAAUCCAUCCGAAUCUUCCAGCGAAUCUCUUGCGUAUGUCUCACAUCUUCUCGUACGAGAAUCCACCAGGUGUCAAGGCAAAUCUGCUCCAUACAUUUGCCAACAUCCCGGCUGCUCGUAUGGAUCGUCAACCGGUAGAGCGUUCACGUAUCUACUUCAUGUUGGCAUGGUUCCACGCCAUCAUCCAAGAACGUCUGCGUUAUAUUCCAAUUGGUUGGACCAAGGUAUUCGAGUUUAACGACGCCGAUCUCCGUGGUGCUCUCGACUCCAUCGACUACUGGAUCGACCUCUACUCCAAGGGCAGAAGUAACAUCGACCCCGACAAGAUCCCAUGGGUUGCCGUACGUACUAUUCUCGGUCAAACCAUCUACGGUGGUCGUGUAGACAAUGAAUUCGACAUGCGUCUACUCAACUCGUUCCUCGAGCAACUCUUCACACCGGCUUCAUUCAAUCCCGAUUUCACCUUGGUGGAAUCACUCGGAAUCAACGUGCCAGAGGGAACCACUCGUGCCCACUUUAUCAAGUGGAUCGAAUCACUACCUGACAUCUCGACUCCAGUGUGGCUCGGUCUCCAAGACAAUGCCGAAUCACUGCUACUCUCCAACAAGGCAAAGAAGAUGAUCAACGACCUCCAAAAGAUGCAGAGUUCCGACGAAGAUCCAGAAUCGGAAACAUCAAAGGACAACAACAAGGAGGAUAAAUCAAAGAUCAAGUUGAGACAAACCGUUACCGAGUGGAUCAAGAUCAUGCCAAAACCAUUGAAGGCACUCAAGAGAACCGCUCAGAACAUCAAGGAUCCAUUGUUCCGUUGCUUCGAGCGUGAAAUUACCACCGGAAUCAAAUUGAUCAAGAAGAUCACUGCCGAUCUCGGUAGCAUUACUGAGCUAUUGGAAGGAAACAUCAAGCAAACCAACUAUCUUCGUUCACUCACCACCAGCAUCUCCAAGGGAGUGGUUCCACGUGAAUGGAAGUGGUAUUCCAGUCCGGAAUCGGUCAGUCUUUCCAUUUGGAUGUCUGACUUUUUCAAGAGAAUGCAACAACUCAAUGAGAUCUCAGAGUGCACCGACUUUAAGUCUGUACAAGUCUGGCUUGGUGGACUACUCAACCCUGAGGCAUACAUCACCGCCACUCGUCAAUCCGCUGCACAGUUGAAUGGCUGGUCGCUUGAGAACCUGAGAUUGCACAUCAACACUCUCGGAGGUGUCUCUGAGUCUGGUUUCUCAGUGAAGGGACUCUCUUUGGAGGGUGCCUCGUGGAAGAACGAAGUUCUGACACCAACUCACGAGUUGUCCACUCCGAUUCCAACCACCACUCUCACAUGGAGAGACAAGGAUGAUCCAAUCUUUAGCGAGAAUCAACAAGGUAAACUCAGUGUCCCAGUAUAUCUCAAUGACACAAGAUCAGAGUUACUAUUCUCAAUUGACUUACCAUUCCAAUCUGGUACCACCAAACAAUCAUGGUACCAAAGAAGUGUAUCAAUCAGCUCAUGGAAGGUUGAUUUCUAA